GCCGCUGACUCCGCGCGUGCGCACUGGUUCAGAACAGCUGUCCAAGGAGGAGGCGAGCACGCUGAGCACCCUGGAAGUUGUGGUCCCUGCAUGAGAGUGUCCGCUGAGUCCGCGCGUGCACAAUGGCGCAGAACAAAGCUCGUAGGCGGCUGCUGGAAGGGAGGCGGCGCUCCAGAUUUAAGCGUAAGCCUGUCUUGGCACCGCUGCCUUCGCUCUCUUUUCUCCCUACCCUGGAAGUCGCUCCGGCGUGACUUCCAGUCCUCCUGCUGCAACCUACCGGAGGCGGAAUGCGGUAGUCCUCAUUUCAUAGUUUACUUAUGAAAGCCCAUUUUACAGAUUGAGAAACGGAGUCUUGGAGAGGACGAAUAACCUAUCAUUUGAGAUCGCUGCUCAAAAUCAGUUCGUCCUGGAAGCCCUAACUCUCAUCACAGAAGGGUUAGGGACCUUCUGUGGACACUCACGGUGCCCUAUGGGACCUCCAGUAUAGCGCACAUCACUUUUUUUUCUUUUUUCUUUUUAACGGACCUGGUCCGGAUCUGCCUUUCCAUCAGACUGGGAUCUGCUUGAGGGCAACAACAGAAUCUGAGUCCUCUCUGUGACCCCAGAAUCAUGCAGCGGGGUCUGGCACAUAAUAGGGCUCUGCCUCUAACAGGCUGAUGUUGCCUCACUUCCUGGAAGGCGAGAGGGCAGGGUUGAGCCUUGGCUCCUGCUCUCGCUCCAGUCAACCUGUCCACCAUGGCUCUGGUGUUGAUCUUCCAGCUGCUGACCUUCUGGACUCUGUGUCACACAAACAUCACUCCAACUGGAAGCCUGAGGACCCAGGCCACCGGUUUAUUCAGUCCCCCAGCCUCAUACCCCAAGCCGUGGCUGGGGGCUCAGCCAGCUGCAGUUGUGACCCCCGGAGUCAAUGUGACCUUGACGUGCCGGGCACCCCAACCCGCCUGGAGAUUUGCCCUCUUCAAGUCUGGAGAGAUCGCCCCCAUGCUGUACCGGGAUGUGUCUGUGGAACUGGCGGAGUUCUUCCUGGAGAAGGUGACCCCCGCCCAGGGGGGCAGUUAUCGCUGCUGCUACCGGAAUCUGAGCUGGGCGCCAGGUGUCUGGUCCCACCAUAGUGAUGCCCUGGAACUGCUGGUGACAGAUGAGAUGCCGCGCCCGUCGCUGGUGGCGCUGCCGGGGCCCGUGGUGGCGCCCGGCGACAUCGUGUGCCUGCGCUGCGCGGGCCGCAUGUGGAACAUGAGCUUCGUGCUGUACCGCGUGGGCGAGGCGGCUCCGCUGCAGUACCGGGAUUCCACGCAGCCCUGGGCUGACUUCCCGCUGCCCGGCGCCCACGCCCCCGGCACCUACAGCUGCUACUACCACACGGUUACUGCUCCCUACGUGCUGUCGCAGCGCAGCGAGCCACUGGUCAUCAGCUCGAACGGCUCCGACUCCUCGGACUACACCCUGGGCAACCUCAUCCGCCUGGGGCUGGCGGGCCUGAUUCUGGUCUCCCUGGCCACGCUGGUGGUUUUGCACGGGCGCACCUAUAGUCGCGGCCCUGGUAGCGCCUGAGCCGAGCUCCAGAGAACUGGAUCUAGACGCCUGCCGCGUGGUGAGACUUUCCAGAGAGGCAAAGAAGAAGCAGGGACCCCUGGGUGGCCUGGCCCUCCCAGGAGCCCCACGGCCCUCCUUGCGUCUGAGCCCAGCUUCUUGAGUAAUAAUACCCUUUGCACCAUG